CCAGAUAUCAACGAGUGUAGUUCCAGUCCAUGCGACACUAACGCACUUUGUGGUGAUCUAGUUGAUAGUUACAGUUGUACCUGUAAUGCUGGCUAUACAGGGGAUGGAAUGACAUGUACAGAUAUCAACGAGUGUAGUUCCAGUCCAUGCGACACUAACGCACUUUGUGGUGAUCUAGUUGAUAGUUACAGUUGUACCUGUAAUGCUGGCUAUGCAGGGGAUGGAAUGACAUGUACAGAUAUCAACGAGUGUAGUUCCAGUCCAUGCGACACUAACGCACUUUGUGGUGAUCUAGUUGAUAGUUACAGUUGUACCUGUAAUGCUGGCUAUACAGGGGAUGGAAUGACAUGUACAGAUAUCAACGAGUGUAGUUCCAGUCCAUGCGACACUAACGCACUUUGUGGUGAUCUAGUUGAUAGUUACAGUUGUACCUGUAAUGCUGGCUAUACAGGGGAUGGAAUGACAUGUACAGAUAUCAACGAGUGUAGUUCCAGUCCAUGCGACACUAACGCACUUUGUGGUGAUCUAGUUGAUAGUUACAGUUGUACCUGUAAUGCUGGCUAUACAGGGGAUGGAAUGACAUGUACAGAUAUCAACGAGUGUAGUUCCAGUCCAUGCGACACUAACGCACUUUGUGGUGAUCUAGUUGAUAGUUACAGUUGUACCUGUAAUGCUGGCUAUGCAGGGGAUGGAAUGACAUGUACAGAUAUCAACGAGUGUAGUUCCAGUCCAUGCGGCACUAACGCACUUUGUGGUGAUCUAGUUGAUAGUUACAGUUGUACCUGUAAUGCUGGCUAUACAGGGGAUGGAAUGACAUGUACAGAUAUCAACGAGUGUAGUUCCAGUCCAUGCGACACUAACGCACUUUGUGGUGAUCUAGUUGAUAGUUACAGUUGUACCUGUAAUGCUGGCUAUACAGGGGAUGGAAUGACAUGUACAGAUAUCAACGAGUGUAGUUCCAGUCCAUGCGACACUAACGCACUUUGUGGUGAUCUAGUUGAUAGUUACAGUUGUACCUGUAAUGCUGGCUAUGCAGGGGAUGGAAUGACAUGUACAGAUAUCAACGAGUGUAGUUCCAGUCCAUGCGGCACUAACGCACUUUGUGGUGAUCUAGUUGAUAGUUACAGUUGUACCUGUAAUGCUGGCUAUACAGGGGAUGGAAUGACAUGUACAGAUAUCAACGAGUGUAGUUCCAGUCCAUGCGACACUAACGCACUUUGUGGUGAUCUAGUUGAUAGUUACAGUUGUACCUGUAAUGCUGGCUAUACAGGGGAUGGAAUGACAUGUACAGAUAUCAACGAGUGUAGUUCCAGUCCAUGCGGCACUAACGCACUUUGUGGUGAUCUAGUUGAUAGUUACAGUUGUACCUGUAAUGCUGGCUAUACAGGGGAUGGAAUGACAUGUACAGAUAUCAACGAGUGUAGUUCCAGUCCAUGCGACACUAACGCACUUUGUGGUGAUCUAGUUGAUAGUUACAGUUGUACCUGUAAUGCUGGCUAUACAGGGGAUGGAAUGACAUGUACAGAUAUCAACGAGUGUAGUUCCAGUCCAUGCGACACUAACGCACUUUGUGGUGAUCUAGUUGAUAGUUACAGUUGUACCUGUAAUGCUGGCUUUGCAGGGGAUGGAAUGACAUGUACAGAUAUCAACGAGUGUAGUUCCAGUCCAUGCGGCACUAACGCACUUUGUGGUGAUCUAGUUGAUAGUUACAGUUGUACCUGUAAUGCUGGCUAUACAGGGGAUGGAAUGACAUGUACAGAUAUCAACGAGUGUAGUUCCAGUCCAUGCGACACUAACGCACUUUGUGGUGAUCUAGUUGAUAGUUACAGUUGUACCUGUAAUGCUGGCUUUGCAGGGGAUGGAAUGACAUGUACAGAUAUCAACGAGUGUAGUUCCAGUCCAUGCGGCACUAACGCACUUUGUGGUGAUCUAGUUGAUAGUUACAGUUGUACCUGUAAUGCUGGCUAUACAGGGGAUGGAAUGACAUGUACAGAUAUCAACGAGUGUAGUUCCAGUCCAUGCGACACUAACGCACUUUGUGGUGAUCUAGUUGAUAGUUACAGUUGUACCUGUAAUGCUGGCUAUACAGGGGAUGGAAUGACAUGUACAGAUAUCAACGAGUGUAGUUCCAGUCCAUGCGACACUAACGCACUUUGUGGUGAUCUAGUUGAUAGUUACAGUUGUACCUGUAAUGCUGGCUAUGCAGGGGAUGGAAUGACAUGUACAGAUAUCAACGAGUGUAGUUCCAGUCCAUGCGGCACUAACGCACUUUGUGGUGAUCUAGUUGAUAGUUACAGUUGUACCUGUAAUGCUGGCUAUACAGGGGAUGGAAUGACAUGUACAGAUAUCAACGAGUGUAGUUCCAGUCCAUGCGACACUAACGCACUUUGUGGUGAUCUAGUUGAUAGUUACAGUUGUACCUGUAAUGCUGGCUAUACAGGGGAUGGAAUGACAUGUACAGAUAUCAACGAGUGUAGUUCCAGUCCAUGCGGCACUAACGCACUUUGUGGUGAUCUAGUUGAUAGUUACAGUUGUACCUGUAAUGCUGGCUAUACAGGGGAUGGAAUGACAUGUACAGAUAUCAACGAGUGUAGUUCCAGUCCAUGCGACACUAACGCACUUUGUGGUGAUCUAGUUGAUAGUUACAGUUGUACCUGUAAUGCUGGCUAUACAGGGGAUGGAAUGACAUGUACAGAUAUCAACGAGUGUAGUUCCAGUCCAUGCGACACUAACGCACUUUGUGGUGAUCUAGUUGAUAGUUACAGUUGUACCUGUAAUGCUGGCUAUACAGGGGAUGGAAUGACAUGUACAGAUAUCAACGAGUGUAGUUCCAGUCCAUGCGACACUAACGCACUUUGUGGUGAUCUAGUUGAUAGUUACAGUUGUACCUGUAAUUCUGGCUAUACAGGGGAUGGAAUGACAUGUACAGAUAUCAACGAGUGUAGUUCCAGUCCAUGCGACACUAACGCACUUUGUGGUGAUCUAGUUGAUAGUUACAGUUGUACCUGUAAUGCUGGCUAUACAGGGGAUGGAAUGACAUGUACAGAUAUCAACGAGUGUAGUUCCAGUCCAUGCGACACUAACGCACUUUGUGGUGAUCUAGUUGAUAGUUACAGUUGUACCUGUAAUGCUGGCUAUACAGGGGAUGGAAUGACAUGUACAGAUAUCAACGAGUGUAGUUCCAGUCCAUGCGACACUAACGCACUUUGUGGUGAUCUAGUUGAUAGUUACAGUUGUACCUGUAAUGCUGGCUAUACAGGGGAUGGAAUGACAUGUACAGAUAUCAACGAGUGUAGUUCCAGUCCAUGCGACACUAACGCACUUUGUGGUGAUCUAGUUGAUAGUUACAGUUGUACCUGUAAUGCUGGCUAUACAGGGGAUGGAAUGACAUGUACAGAUAUCAACGAGUGUAGUUCCAGUCCAUGCGACACUAACGCACUUUGUGGUGAUCUAGUUGAUAGUUACAGUUGUACCUGUAAUGCUGGCUAUACAGGGGAUGGAAUGACAUGUACAGAUAUCAACGAGUGUAGUUCCAGUCCAUGCGACACUAACGCACUUUGUGGUGAUCUAGUUGAUAGUUACAGUUGUACCUGUAAUGCUGGCUAUACAGGGGAUGGAAUGACAUGUACAGAUAUCAACGAGUGUAGUUCCAGUCCAUGCGACACUAACGCACUUUGUGGUGAUCUAGUUGAUAGUUACAGUUGUACCUGUAAUGCUGGCUAUACAGGGGAUGGAAUGACAUGUACAGAUAUCAACGAGUGUAGUUCCAGUCCAUGCGACACUAACGCACUUUGUGGUGAUCUAGUUGAUAGUUACAGUUGUACCUGUAAUGCUGGCUAUACAGGGGAUGGAAUGACAUGUACAGAUAUCAACGAGUGUAGUUCCAGUCCAUGCGACACUAACGCACUUUGUGGUGAUCUAGUUGAUAGUUACAGUUGUACCUGUAAUGCUGGCUAUACAGGGGAUGGAAUGACAUGUACAGAUAUCAACGAGUGUAGUUCCAGUCCAUGCGACACUAACGCACUUUGUGGUGAUCUAGUUGAUAGUUACAGUUGUACCUGUAAUGCUGGCUAUACAGGGGAUGGAAUGACAUGUACAGAUAUCAACGAGUGUAGUUCCAGUCCAUGCGACACUAACGCACUUUGUGGUGAUCUAGUUGAUAGUUACAGUUGUACCUGUAAUGCUGGCUAUACAGGGGAUGGAAUGACAUGUACAGAUAUCAACGAGUGUAGUUCCAGUCCAUGCGACACUAACGCACUUUGUGGUGAUCUAGUUGAUAGUUACAGUUGUACCUGUAAUGCUGGCUAUACAGGGGAUGGAAUGACAUGUACAGAUAUCAACGUGUGUAGUUCCAGUCCAUGCGACACUAACGCACUUUGUGGUGAUCUAGUUGAUAGUUACAGUUGUACCUGUAAUGCUGGCUAUACAGGGGAUGGAAUGACAUGUACAGAUAUCAACGAGUGUAGUUCCAGUCCAUGCGACACUAACGCACUUUGUGGUGAUCUAGUUGAUAGUUACAGUUGUACCUGUAAUGCUGGCUAUACAGGGGAUGGAAUGACAUGUACAGAUAUCAACGAGUGUAGUUCCAGUCCAUGCGACACUAACGCACUUUGUGGUGAUCUAGUUGAUAGUUACAGUUGUACCUGUAAUGCUGGCUAUACAGGGGAUGGAAUGACAUGUACAGAUAUCAACGAGUGUAGUUCCAGUCCAUGCGACACUAACGCACUUUGUGGUGAUCUAGUUGAUAGUUACAGUUGUACCUGUAAUGCUGGCUAUACAGGGGAUGGAAUGACAUGUACAGAUAUCAACGAGUGUAGUUCCAGUCCAUGCGACACUAACGCACUUUGUGGUGAUCUAGUUGAUAGUUACAGUUGUACCUGUAAUGCUGGCUAUACAGGGGAUGGAAUGACAUGUACAGAUAUCAACGAGUGUAGUUCCAGUCCAUGCGACACUAACGCACUUUGUGGUGAUCUAGUUGAUAGUUACAGUUGUACCUGUAAUGCUGGCUAUACAGGGGAUGGAAUGACAUGUACAGAUAUCAACGAGUGUAGUUCCAGUCCAUGCGACACUAACGCACUUUGUGGUGAUCUAGUUGAUAGUUACAGUUGUACCUGUAAUGCUGGCUAUACAGGGGAUGGAAUGACAUGUACAGAUAUCAACGAGUGUAGUUCCAGUCCAUGCGACACUAACGCACUUUGUGGUGAUCUAGUUGAUAGUUACAGUUGUACCUGUAAUGCUGGCUAUACAGGGGAUGGAAUGACAUGUACAGAUAUCAACGAGUGUAGUUCCAGUCCAUGCGACACUAACGCACUUUGUGGUGAUCUAGUUGAUAGUUACAGUUGUACCUGUAAUGCUGGCUAUACAGGGGAUGGAAUGACAUGUACAGAUAUCAACGAGUGUAGUUCCAGUCCAUGCGACACUAACGCACUUUGUGGUGAUCUAGUUGAUAGUUACAGUUGUACCUGUAAUGCUGGCUAUACAGGGGAUGGAAUGACAUGUACAGAUAUCAACGAGUGUAGUUCCAGUCCAUGCGACACUAACGCACUUUGUGGUGAUCUAGUUGAUAGUUACAGUUGUACCUGUAAUGCUGGCUAUACAGGGGAUGGAAUGACAUGUACAGAUAUCAACGAGUGUAGUUCCAGUCCAUGCGACACUAACGCACUUUGUGGUGAUCUAGUUGAUAGUUACAGUUGUACCUGUAAUGCUGGCUAUACAGGGGAUGGAAUGACAUGUACAGAUAUCAACGAGUGUAGUUCCAGUCCAUGCGGCACUAACGCACUUUGUGGUGAUCUAGUUGAUAGUUACAGUUGUACCUGUAAUGCUGGCUAUACAGGGGAUGGAAUGACAUGUACAGAUAUCAACGAGUGUAGUUCCAGUCCAUGCGACACUAACGCACUUUGUGGUGAUCUAGUUGAUAGUUACAGUUGUACCUGUAAUGCUGGCUAUACAGGGGAUGGAAUGACAUGUACAGAUAUCAACGAGUGUAGUUCCAGUCCAUGCGACACUAACGCACUUUGUGGUGAUCUAGUUGAUAGUUACAGUUGUACCUGUAAUGCUGGCUAUACAGGGGAUGGAAUGACAUGUACAGAUAUCAACGAGUGUAGUUCCAGUCCAUGCGACACUAACGCACUUUGUGGUGAUCUAGUUGAUAGUUACAGUUGUACCUGUAAUGCUGGCUAUACAGGGGAUGGAAUGACAUGUACAGAUAUCAACGAAUGUGAUCCCAGUCCAUGCGACACUAACGCACUUUGUGGAAAUCUCUUGAAUAGCUACAGUUGUACCUGUAAUGCUGGCUAUACAGGGAAUGGAAUGGCGUGUACAGAUAUCAACGAGUGUGAUUCCAAUCCAUGCGACAGUAACGCAGCUUGUAGUAAUCUUGUUGAUAGCUACAGUUGUACCUGUAAUGCUGGAUAUACAGGGAAUGGCAUGACAUGUACAGAUAUCAACGAGUGUGAUUCCAGUCCAUGUCAUAUGAAUGCAACGUGUGGCAAUCUUCUUGAUAGCUACAGCUGUACCUGUGAUGCUGGGUUGACGGGGAACGGAGUGACAUGUACAGAAUGUUCCUAUGAUUGCGCCGAUGUAUGUGAUGGGGCAGCUACUCUUGACUGCGAUGGUAUCUGCUCAGGGGGAACCACUGGUGUGAGAGCUAAGGUGAAGGAUGCUUGUGACGUUUGUGAUGGCGACGGCACAACCUGCAUAGCCGUCACCGCUGUCAGCCCUGUACUAGUUCGUACUGACCGGAAUCAGGUUUUGACAGUGACUGGCACAAGCUUGUUUUCGGCAUCAGUGCAGUGUGUGGCCACAAACACAGACACUUCCACAGAACACCGGGUACCCAUAACAACGCGUAACAGUGUAACAUCCAUAGAAGUCACCGUUGAAGCGAAUUCAUUAGAAGUUGGAGAUUACAUGCUGCAGUGUAGGGUGACGGCUGUAGCAGCUCUGGGUACCAGUACUGGAAAGUUCACAGUCUACGAGGCAUCAGAGUCCAGUGACAGUCCGACGUGUGUGAUUACCGGACCUACCUCCAUUGAUUCGUGCACUGAUUUAAUGAUGAACGGCGUCAGCAGCAGAGGAGGUGGAACGCUUGGACUGACAUACCACUGGACCAUUUCUCCUUCCACAAGUGACGCAUUAACUGAACCCUUGAAUGGUUAUGCCGAAUGGACGGGCCUUGUGGCCGGUACUUCGUACACCGUGACACUGCGGGUGUGUACACUAUUCGACAUAUGCACAUCGUGCCAGGAAACGGUGACAAAGACGUCGUCGUACCCUCCCGAAGUGAGCAUUGAGACAGCCGUGGACGUCAAUGCUGCCCCGGCCAACACAGAAUUUGAACUAUUCGGUUUUGCAUUGCCCUCCCAAUGUCCUGGGGCACCCGUGGAGACAAGCUUGACCUACAGCUGGACGUUCAGUAACACUCCUGGGCUGAAGAUCAACGCAGAUAGACAGAAUGACCAAGUCUAUCAAGUCAGGGAGGGAGAUUUCCCACCCGGACAAACCAUAUCGGUAGCUCUGGUGGUGUCCCUGACGUCGGAUCCAUCUGUCUCCGCGUCGAGGGAAUUGGAAAUCGUCACAAUCAGCACUGCACUGGAGGUAUUUAUCGAUGGUGGUGAAGAACGUGCGGCAAGUGUCAACAGCGGACUGCAGGUGUUUGAUGCUAGUUUUACGAAGGACCCGGAUGACCCUACGGCAAGCUUAUUCUUCUUGUGGACAGCAGUGGGGCGAGACAGCAGUGGAACCGAUGUUGGCUCAUGUCUUGGGUCAGGAGCAUCCAAUAACAGUGAGACGCUGUCAAUAGAUCCUUCCCUGUUGUCUGCAGGGACACGGUGUGAAGUGACGCUCACUGCCAGUACGGCUACAAAGUCCGGCUCGAAGACCGUCACCUUGGAUAUCCAGAGUGGAACAUCACCAGUGUGUUUUGCGUCAAAUAAUCGACACAUUGUGCGGCCAGGAGACCGGGCGUUGCUUGUGGUCACCUGCACAUCCUCAGUGGCCAUCAGGGACACGGUGUGGAACAGCCAGACACGAGGAGCUGUCAUGGCCCUGGACUUGGACGUGGCCAUAGCGGACCAGUACACUGAUGCCCUGCCUGACAAUGUAUAUAAGAUGUUCCUUGUAAUCGGAAAAGGCAUUGUCGAAGGCGGCAAUAUGUACAAUCUACAGGCUACCAUUACGGAUGUUAAUGGCGGUCAAACCAAGACAACGAUUACUGUGAGCGUGAAGAAGGGAUUGUCUGGAGGGGUACUGGCAUGUCCUUCGUCUUACACCGAGCUGAACAAGAUAUCAAUCACGACUAGGAAGGUGGACGGUCCGGGAGGGAUGACUUACAUGCUCCUAGUCCAGACCUCUCCUGGACAAUUCAGGGCUUUGUCUCAGAGGCAGAGCACUGGGGACUUCCGGGUUGUCGGGCCUCGCUCCUACAGCUCUGCUGGAAACACCUUCCAUGUUGAGGUGUGUGUGGGAGGCGAGAACGGCCUGUGCAGGACAUUGAGCUGCGUGGUCCCAACUGUGAACGACCCCGGGAGUACGGACACGCUGGUCACGGCAAUAAAGAAAGAGAUCGAUCUUCUCAAUAAUCAAAGCCGGUCCAUGGAAGCCGCAGUUCUUCUUGUGACGUUGUACGGAAAAACAGGCGAGAGCACCCUCCCAUCUCUGCUUAUUCCCCUGGUCAAUGACAUAGCUGCCAAGAGGACCAUGAACGAUGCUUCCGCAAGCACUUUCCUCGACGCCUUGACGGCAAUCCCACCCCAGGCUUUCACGAGUGAGGAAAUUGCUACUCUCGCUUCUCAUAUAAUGAACACCAUCGACUACUUCAUCAACAAUAACGUCAAAGUCCCGGAACGAUACCUUGAGGGCGUGAACACCUGGCUCGCCAAUGCUAAGACUGCUGGUGCUUCUAGUGAUGUGAUUGCGGCCUUAGAGGCCAAAGUUGAUGAUGCCGAGUCCACUGGGGUUGAAUACGGAAACUCUGCUACUUAUAACCUGACUGCAUCUCGUGUGAGCGUGGUCAAUGAUAUACCCGGCGAUGACUUGACGGUCAAAGAUGGAAGCAACAACGAUUUGAAGAUAAAAUUCGGUGAAAGUGUCAGAUCGAAGCUUGGCUACAAGAACGUGGUCAUUAAGGUGACAACCUUCAAGACCAAACCUGCAGCCAUCACCGAUACGUCUUCUACUAUGGCGCCAAUCAUUGAAGUCUCCUUCUUAGACCCGGCCACAAAUGGACAGAAGCAAGUGGCAGGGCUUGAGACGCCGGCGUCCAUCUCGAUGAAACUGAACAGCGACCAGGCUAACCAGGGCCAGGUGGCGCUAUGUGUGUUCUGGGACGCCGCCACAAGCACCUGGUCAACGGAGGGCGUGACAACGGCAGUCCAGACCGGCACAAACGUGGAGUGCAGAGCAUCUCAUUUCACCACGUACACCGUUAUACAUGCAAAUCAAGCCUACAACGACGACCACAACACAGGUAUGAUUGUCGGCAUCGUCCUCGGCAUCAUCGUCCUCAUGAUCGUCAUCAUCCUUCUCAUCGUCUUCAUAGUUUACAGGUGCACACGGAACAAAGUCCUAGACAUUUCCAGGGCCAACUCAAGAAUGAACGCCACCUCCAGAAGGAACUCUAGGUCCCAGUCCAGAGUUCACAUGAGUAACGAGUCACCAAAUCGACUAGUAGACUCCCCUAGCGACAAACGUCCCGGUUCAGGCGACGGGCUCAAGAGAAACAUCUACUAACAGAAACGAGAAGUUGACAGUGAUUAGUGCGCGAGCAAUAAUACUCACCGAGAGUACUUGUAGCGAUGUUGAAGAAGUACUGAAUCCUACAUCUACUUAAUAUUUACACCAGUCGACGAUGAUUGUUAUAUUCUGAAAUCCACUCUUUACCUUAAUCCACUAUAUUUUGCAUAAACAAUGUUAUUUUUCAAUCGGAUACUGUUGGCUCAGUCGUCAAAGGCAUGCCAGACACCUAUAAUCUCCGGGUUCGCCCCGUUUAUGUUUUUAGGUUUGUCAGCACCAUACCCGUGCUCGUGGGUUUCACCAAACUGGCACACGUCUAAGAUCUGCAUUAUUUAAGGCAUCCUCCCACACUAAGCUGACACGCUGAGAUGUCACUGGAAAACUGUUCAAAGCGGCGUCAAACCCAACUCACUCACUGACUAUUAUUUCAAAAGAAUGUAUGACACAACGUAGGAUUCCGUUUAGACAGGUUUAAAUUUGUAUAUACUACAUGUAUGUACUUGCAGAACUAAUUAUAUUUUUAUGCAUAAAUACUUGGAAAGAAACGUUUGGGUUCAAUAAUGAAAUUGCUCUUCCUGUUUCUUGUAGGAUUUGUGUGAGAGAGUCAUGUUAGCUUUGUGAUACGCAAUAGUAUUAAUACUUGGCUUGUAGCAAGUUAUUACGAAAGCAUUCUUAGAUUCUUUGUGUAACUAUAUGUGUUAUUUUGUUCACAUGCAACCUAUUAAUAGCUUACAAUAAGGCAUCGAUUGUACAUGCUGACGCUUUUCUUUACACAUUUAACAUUAUGAUGGCAGAAUAAUUAUUAUAGUGCUUCUAGAUUUGUGAAAUUAUUAUUGAGUGACUUCAAACUUAAGUUUCAACAAAAAUGCCAGUCAAAUGACAUCAUCGCACAAUUGAUAUUUGAGGGUAAUACAAGCAUAUGUACGCGCAUAUUGACGACGGUAACAUUAAAUAACUUAAAACGCAAAAAUACACAAAUUUCGUGGAGAUGAGUCAAUGCCACUUUGAAAUCAGUAUAAUUUAUAAUUGUUGUUAUGAAAUAUGGUUGAUUGAUUAUUGAUACAAUAACCUCAAACUGUGAUAUUUUCUGUACAGAAUGUUGCUUUAUAUCUUAUACUGUUAUCUGGUCCCGUCCAAUAUAGAUUGUAUCUUAUUUUUAUAUCACUGUCCACUUCCUCUCAAACUCUAACCAACCUUUCGAUAUAUAUGAUACAGAUAAAAACUUAGUGACGGAUACAUUUUUUUCCAAAUGUUAUUCAUGGAAAUAUAUUGUAAUAACAAAAAUAAAAUUAGAAAAACUAACUUGUCCAACAGUGCCUUUGUGAAAUUAUACGUGAUAUAUAUAUAAUGUAUAAAUUGCUGUUUGAGAUGUUUUAAAAUGAUUCCUGUAUAUAUCACUCAAUGUUUCGUAAUAAAAUACUGUAUCAAUCAA